GGCGGCGGGCGUUGCGGGGCGCGCGCGCGGCGGGCGCCGCUGAGCCAUGGUGCUGUCCCGCCGCGUGCAGCCGCAGCAGGCCGAGGCGGCGGCGCGCGGGCCGCGGGGCCUGGCCAUGGAGAUGGAGCGCAUCCGGCAGGCGGCGCGGGACCCCCCGGCCGGGGCCUCGGCCUCGCCGUCGCCGCCGCCGUCGGCGUGCUCGCGCCAGGCGUGGAGCCGCGACAACCCGGGCUUCGAGGCGGAGGAGGAGGACGACGAGGCGGACGAGGAGGUGGAGGGCGAGGACGGCGGCAUGGUGGUGGAGAUGGACGUGGAGUGGCGGCCCGGCGGGCGCAGGGCGAGCGCGGCGGGCGCGCGGGGCCGCGGGCUGGGGGGCUUCCCCGGCGCGGGCGGACGGCGGCGGCGCGACGAGCCGGGCCCCGCGGGGGGCAGCCCCGGCGCCGCCGGGGACCUGCGGCCGCGCCACCGGCCCCGGGACACGCCGCCGGCGCCGCCGGCCUGGCCCGAGAGGCUGCGACGCGGGCUCCGAGGCCUGUGGGGGACCAGCCUGAUGCAGGAGAGCAGCGACCGCGAGCAGUACCUGCAGAGCGUCCUCCGCGAGCUCCUCACCUUCCUGCCCUUCCUCGUCGUCCUGUGCAUCCUGACCUACGGGAUGAUGAGCUCCGGCGGCUACUACUACACCCGCCUGAUGUCGCAGCUCUUCCUGGACACGCCGGUGUCCAGGGCGGACAAAGCCACCUUCAGGACCCUCUCGUCCAUGGAGGACUUCUGGAAGUUCGCAGAGGGCGCGCUGCUGGACGGGCUGUACUGGGAGCCGCAGCCGGGCCCCGGGCCGGACGCCGACAACCACAGCUUCGUCUUCGCCGAGAACCUGCUGCUGGGGCAGCCCCGCCUGCGGCAGCUCCGCGUGCGCAACGGCUCCUGCUCCGUGCCCCAGGACCUGCGCGAGGAGGUCACCGAGUGCUACGACGUCUACUCGCCCGCCAGCGAGGACCGGGCGCCCUUCGGGCCCCGCAACGGCACCGCCUGGACCUACACGAGCGAGAAGGCCCUGAACGGGAGCAGCCACUGGGGCCUGAUGGGCACCUACAGCGGCGCCGGCUACUACCUGGACCUGCCGCGCGGGCGGGCGGAGGCGGCCGCCCAGGUGGCCGCGCUCAGGCGCCUAGGCUGGCUGGACCGGGGCACCAGGGCCGUCUUCGUGGACUUCUCCGUGUACAACGCCAACAUCAACCUGUUCUGCGUGGUCAGGCUGCUGGCCGAGUUCCCGGCCACGGGCGGCGUGGUCCCGUCGUGGCAGUUCCAGCCCGUGAAGCUGCUGCGCUACGCCAGCACCUUCGACUUCUUCCUGGCCGCCUGCGAGCUCGUCUUCUGCCUCUUCGUCCUCUACUACGCGGUGGAGGAGGCCCUGGAGAUCCGCAUCCACCGGCUGCACUACUUCCGGAGCUUCUGGAACUGCCUGGACGUGGUGAUCGUGGCGCUGUCGGUGGUCGCCAUCGGGGUCGGCGUGCACCGGGCGUCGGGCGCGGAGGGGCUGCCGUCGCGGCUGGAGGAGGCGGGCGCGCGGCCCUGCCUGGAGCAGCUGGCCUACUGGCAGGCCCAGCUCAGCAGCCUGGCCGCCGUCAUCGUCUUCUUCGUCUGGAUCAAGCUCUUCAGGUUCAUCAGCUUCAACCGCACCAUGAGCCAGCUGUCCACCACGCUGUCGCGCUGCGCCAGGGAGCUCUGCGGCUUCGCCAUCAUGUUCCUCGUCAUCUUCCUGGCCUACGCCCAGCUGGCCUACCUGGUCUUCGGCACGCAGGUGGGCGACUUCAGCACCUUCCAGGAGUGCAUCUUCACUCAGUUCCGUAUCAUUUUGGGGGAUGUCAACUUCGCAGAGAUCGAGGAGGCUAACCGAGUUUUGGGACCGCUUUAUUUCACCACGUUUGUGUUCUUUAUGUUCUUCAUUCUUUUGAACAUGUUUCUGGCCAUCAUCAACGAUACUUACUCCGAAGUUAAGUCGGAUCUGGCCCAGCAGAAAGCUGAAAUGGAGCUCUCUGAUCUUAUUCGGAAGGGCUGCCACAGGGCCUUGGUCAAGCUGAGGCUGCGGAGGAACCCCGUGGACGACCUCUCCGAGAGCCCACGGCCAGGCGGCGGCAAGCUCAACUUCGACGAGCUGCGGCAGGACCUCAAAGGGAAGGGCCACACGGACGCGGAGAUCGAAGCCAUCUUCACCAAGUACGACCGGGACGGGGACCAGGAGCUGGCGGAGCACCCGCAGAUGAGGGAGGACCUGGAGAAGGAGAGGGAGGACCUGGACCUGGGUCCCGGCUCCCUGCCCCGCGCGCUGAGCAGCCGCAGCUUCCCGCGCAGCCUGGACGACUCGGAGGAGGAGGAGGACGAGGACAGCGGCCACAGCUCCCGGCGCCGGGCCAGCAUCUGCAGCGGCGUCUCCUACGAGGAGUUCCAGGUUCUGGUGCGGCGUGUGGACCGGGUGGAGCACUCCAUAGGGAGCAUCGUGUCCAAGAUCGACGCCGUGAUCGUGAAGCUGGAGAUCAUGGAGCGGACCCGGCUCAAGAGGAGGGAGGUGCUGGGCCGGCUGCUGGACGGCGUGGCCGAGGACGAGCGCCUGGGCCGCGACGGCGAGAUCCCCCGCGAGCAGAUGGAGCGGCUGGUGCGGGAGGAGCUGGGCCGCUGGGACUGCGAGGACGCGCCCGCGCCCCUGGGCCCUGGCCCGGGCGCCCCCGCGGCCCCCGCCGGCCCGCCGCAGCCCGCGGCCUCCCCGGCCGCAGAGGGCGCCGGCGCCGACCCCCACGGCUAGGGCCCCGCGCAGCCCCCACCUUAAUUUAUUCUAGACAGAGAUGCCCGCCCGCACGACGCCUCGCUCCGGGGUGGCUCUUGGGCCGGCAGUGCUCCCGCCCCUCCCGCCGGGCACCCGACAGUGCUCCCGAGCUCCUCCUGCAGUGGGCACCCGGCAGUGCUCCCGAGCUCCUCCUGUAGUAGGCACCGGACAGUGCUCCCGAGCUCCUGCAGUGGGCACUGGACAGUGCUCCCGAGCUCCUCCUGUAGUGGGCACCAGACAGUGCUCCCAAGCUCCUCCUGCAGUGGGCACCCGGCAGUGCUCCUGAGCUCCUCCUGCAGUGGGCACCCGACAGUGCUCCUGAGCUCCUCCUGCAGUGGGCACCUGACAGUGCUCCUGAGCUCCUCCUGCAGUGGGCACUGGACAGUGCUCCCAAGGUCUCCCACUCUGUGCUGGGGGCACCCAGCAGUGCUCCUGAGCUCCUGCUCUGUGCUGGGGCACCCACAGGCCCACAUGGAGAGCCCAGCUAGACCUGCUGGCCCUGCAGUUCACCUUCCCACCGAGCCCACCGUGGGCUUUGUGUCCCCGGCCCCCCCCCCCCCCGUGUGUCCCCACGCGCCCGGCACAGCUGCCGGGCUCCGCCGUCGUCAGAGGCCCACCCGGGAGGACUCGGGAGCCGGGAGCCGGGGCGCAGGGCGGGUGGCUCCUCUCGUCGCCGUGACUGUUGCGCGGUUUUCGCUCUUCUCUACAGUGAGCCCCGUGAAACCCCCGCGACCGGGUCUGGGUCAGUCCCGGUUCUCACCGGAGCACCGGAGCAGGGGGGGCUGCCACCCGGUGGCCUUCCCGCUCGGUGUCGCGUUCACUCGUGGAUUAUCUCCGUAGGCGUCUCCUCGCCGUCACGUGACGGUCGGCUUAGGAAGGCCUUUACUGCGAUGCUUGGAGCGCGCUGAAAGUUUCAACUCAGCAGAUAGGUCCAUCGAGGGGGAAAGAAUUAUGUUAUGGGAGCCUGAAACCCACGGAAGAUCAGCAGGAAGCCAGAGCGUGCGCCUGGAGCAGCAUCACCUCCCGCCAGGUGGCCGCCAAGGCUGGGGGCAGCUGCGGUGUCGUCCCAUGGUUCGACAUUCCAUCAGAAGGGGGCGAGCCCGGCUCCGGGGGCCCACCAGGAGGGGGCCGGGCCGAGCUAAGGGGGUCGACCAAGCUUGGGGGAAGAAGCGGCUGUCAGUUGUGAGAUGCUGUUUCCAAGUGUCCGGAGACUCACGGGGGCUCGGGGCUGCUUCAGGGUCCCAGUGGGAGCCCGAGGUCAGCGCCCAGGGGUGCCCCCACAGCCCUCCCACACCCCUUCUCUGUCCCUUCCUUCCUUCCGAAUACGCUACACAAAGUGCUUUAUUAGCCGGUACCCAAGUUCCGUCUCUGGUGCGGGACUUUCAGCGUAUGUAUUUAUAUGUAUGUGUACGCCACGUCCUCCUACUGAAACAAACUUCGAUUUGAAGUGCAUCGUUAUGUGGAAUCCAUAUAUGCCGACCGUGGACCAUGUGUCAGUUAUGGUCACUACAAAGCCGUUCUAUAAUAUUUACUGUUAGACUGAUUUUUGUGUCAUCUGUAAAAUUAUGCGAAACUAUUUCUUUUUAACCAUGAGUUAUAUUUUUCUUUUUUUUUUUUUCUGUCAGGAAAAUUCCCUCCCUAUCAUCUUACCAUCUACAUUAAGAUGUUACAUAUGCAAAAUGUUUCUUGAUAAUCGAGGAUUUCAUUCAUGUGUAAUAUUGAGCACUUUACUUUUUAAUAAAGACUUGGUAUAAAAGCUGA